AUGAACCAGCUCAGUUUCUCCGAUAUCCCCAUUGAUCAGUUGGGAGCAUCUAUAGCUGAAAAGAAGGAAAAUGACAAUGAAAAGUUUCGAAAGGAAUAUGCAGUCUUUCCACCGGGCCAACUACAUAAAUGCGAUGUGGGGAAAAGAUCAGAAAACGUUCCAAAGAACAGAUUCAAAACAACAUUUCCAUAUGAUCACUCCAGAGUUGUAUUGAGAACACAGGAUGAAAAUGCAUCGGAUUAUAUUAAUGCAAAUUAUAUUGACGGACCAAAUCGGAAGAAAGAAUAUAUUGCUGCCCAAGGUCCAAAACAAAAUACACUUGGUGAUUUCUGGACAAUGCUUUGGCAAGAGAAUAUAUCCACUAUUGUAAUGUUGACUAACCUACGAGAAGGGGAAAAGAUUAAGUGUACACAGUACUGGCCUGAUAAGGGCAAGCACAUUAAUUAUGGGCCUGUCUCCGUCAAAUGGAUGGAAGAACGAGAAUACGCUUUCUUUGUUAAUCGUAAAUUAAAAGUCAUUAAUAAAGAGAUGAAAAAGUCACGUGUUCUGACACAUUAUCACUACACAGCUUGGCCAGAUCACGGAACUCCAGAUCCACUUUGUUUAAUCAUAUUUCAUAAUCACGUGAUCCGAACCAAAUCCAAUCAGAACAAUGCACCGACUGUUGUUCAUUGCAGCGCGGGGGUUGGUAGAACAGGCACAUAUAUGGCGUUGGACAUACUUCACCAGAUAGGGAACGAGACAGGGAAAGUCAAUGUUGCUGAUUGUGUCAGAAAAAUGAGAGAAAACAGAAUGACCAUGGUCCAGACCUACGAACAAUACAUCACAAUAUUCCUGACUUUACAAGAAGACUUCAAAGCGCCAAUGAAGGUAGACACCAUAGACGAUAUUAAGGAAAAGAUUGAAAACUCUGGAAAAGAUACGCCUCUCAAUCAAAGUGUUCUUCAUAAAGAAUUUCAGCUUCUACUUAAAAUAAGGCCAAUUUAUACUGAGGCAGACUACAAGUUUUCUAAACAGAGUUGUGGAAAUAAAAAUAAUAAUGGAAUUCUUCCACUUGACAAAUACAAUGUUCACUUAUCAUCAUACGUCCCAAAGAGAGGCAGCUACAUUAAUGCAAUUUCAGUGCCAUCCUUUACCAAACUGAGAGGAUUUAUAGUUACGCCAUAUCCUGCGGCAGAGGACGCUGUUGACUUCCUACGUCUGCUUAAGGAUCAUGAAUGUGACACAGUCAUAUGUAUGGACCCGUUGGCAGAAAUCCAGUCAUCCAAUGAAUGGUUACCCUCUAGUUCGUCAUCCAAAUGUGUUCCUCCAUUCAUGGUUCACUGUCAAUCAUAUUCUCAAGCAGAUGUCACUAGCAGCACCAUCCAGAUUGUUCUUGAUAAAAAAGAAGAUGAAGCACACAUUGUGAGGAUUGUCGAACCUACGGGGAAAAUGAAAUCAUCUGGAGAUUCACUAGACACAUCACAGCUUCGGAAUCUUGUGUCAGCUGCUCUAAACACCAAUACUGAAAACCCCAUUGUUGUGAUGAGCAGAGACGGCGCUUCCCUAUGUGGUGUCUUUUGUGCAAUACACAAUAUCGUAGAACAAAUAACCAUAGAUGAAUGUGCUGAUAUUUUCACUUCUGUGAGACAAAUUCUCAUUAGAAGACCAGAGUUCUGCAAUAAAAUAGAGGAAUACAAGCUAAUCUACAAAGCUGUCAAUGACCAUCUACAGAGUUCAUUAGAAAAUAUCUACUUCAAUCAAUAAGGAAUCGUUUGUUUACAGGCGUGUUUAUUUUUACUUGGAU